GGGGGGGCGCUCUUUCUUUUUCUCUUGGAAGAGGGUUUAGCACAGGUUUUCUUGUUCUUGCUUCCACCUCACCUCACUGCCUCCCGACCCCCCUUCUCCCCCUCCCCACCUAUCGUCAUGACGGCCUCUCCGGAUUACUUGGUGGUGCUUUUUGGAAUCACUGCUGGGGCCACCGGGGCCAAGCUGGGCUCGGAUGAGAAGGAACUGAUCCUGUUGUUAUGGAAAGUGGUGGAUCUGGCCAAUAAGAAGGUGGGACAGUUGCACGAAGUACUAGUUAGACCGGAUCAGUUGGAACUGACGGAGGACUGCAAAGAAGAAACUAAGAUAGACGCCGAAAGCCUGUCCUCGGCGUCGCAGCUGGACCAAGCCCUCCGACAGUUUAACCAGUCAGUGAGCAAUGAAUUGAAUAUUGGGGUAGGGACUUCCUUCUGUCUCUGUACUGAUGGGCAGCUUCACGUCAGGCAAAUCCUGCAUCCUGAGACUUCCAAGAAGAAUGUAUUACUACCUGAAUGCUUCUAUUCCUUUUUUGAUCUUCGAAAAGAAUUCAAGAAGUGUUGCCCUGGUUCACCUGAUAUUGACAAACUGGAUGUUGCAGCAAUGACAGAGUGUUUAAACUUGGAGAAGAAUAGUUCAGUCUCCCGAUAUGGAGCCUCUCAAGUUGAAGAUAUGGGGAAUAUAAUUUUAGCAAUGAUUUCAGAACCUUAUAAUCACAGGUUUUCAGAUCCAGAGAGAGUAAAUUACAAAUUUGAAAGUGGUACUUGCAGCAAGAUGGAACUUAUUGAUGAUAACACCGUAGUCAGAGCGCGAGGUUUACCAUGGCAAUCUUCAGAUCAAGAUAUUGCAAGAUUCUUCAAGGGACUCAAUAUUGCCAAGGGAGGUGCAGCACUUUGUCUGAAUGCUCAGGGUCGAAGGAAUGGAGAAGCUCUGGUUAGGUUUGUAAGUGAGGAGCACAGAGACCUAGCACUACAGAGGCACAAACAUCACAUGGGGACUCGGUACAUCGAGGUUUACAAAGCAACAGGUGAAGAUUUUCUUAAAAUUGCUGGUGGUACGUCCAAUGAGGUAGCUCAGUUUCUCUCCAAGGAAAAUCAAGUCAUUGUCCGUAUGCGGGGGCUCCCUUUCACCGCCACAGCUGAAGAAGUAGUGGCCUUCUUUGGACAGCAUUGCCCCAUCACUGGAGGGAAGGAAGGCAUCCUCUUUGUCACCUACCCAGAUGGUAGGCCAACAGGAGAUGCUUUUGUCCUCUUUGCUUGUGAGGAAUAUGCACAGAAUGCAUUGAGGAAGCAUAAGGACUUGUUGGGUAAAAGAUACAUUGAACUCUUCAGGAGCACAGCAGCUGAAGUUCAGCAGGUGCUGAAUCGAUUCUCCUCGGCCCCUCUCAUCCCACUUCCAACCCCUCCCAUUAUUCCAGUACUACCUCAGCAAUUUGUGCCCCCUACAAAUGUUAGAGACUGUAUACGACUUCGAGGUCUUCCCUAUGCAGCCACAAUAGAAGACAUCUUGGACUUCCUGGGGGAGUUCUCCACAGAUAUUCGUACUCAUGGGGUUCACAUGGUAUUGAAUCACCAGGGCCGCCCAUCAGGAGAUGCCUUUAUCCAGAUGAAGUCUGCGGACAGAGCAUUUAUGGCUGCACAGAAGUGUCAUAAAAAAACCAUGAAGGACAGAUAUGUUGAAGUCUUUCAGUGUUCAGCUGAGGAGAUGAACUUUGUGUUAAUGGGGGGCACUUUAAAUCGAAAUGGCUUAUCCCCACCGCCAUGCCUGUCUCCUCCCUCCUACACAUUUCCAGCUCCUGCGGCAGUUAUUCCUACCGAAGCUGCCAUUUAUCAGCCCUCUGUGCUUUUGAACCCACGAGCACUGCAGCCCUCCACAGCAUACUACCCAGCGGGCACUCAGCUCUUCAUGAACUACACAGCAUACUAUCCCAGCCCCCCAGGUUCGCCUAAUAGUCUUGGCUACUUCCCUACAGCUGCUAAUCUUAGCGGUGUCCCUCCACAGCCUGGCACGGUGGUCAGAAUGCAGGGCCUGGCCUACAAUACUGGAGUUAAGGAAAUUCUUAACUUCUUCCAAGGUUACCAGUAUGCAACCGAGGAUGGACUUGUACACACAAAUGACCAGGCAAGGACUCUACCCAAAGAAUGGGUUUGUAUUUAAGGGCCCCAGCAGUUAGAGCAUCCUCAGAAAAGAAGUGUUUGAAAGAUGUAUGAUCCUGAAACCGUCAGACAAAAGAAAACUUCUAGCAAUUUCAGGGGAAGUUUGUCUACACUCAGGCUGCAGUAUUUUUAGCAAACAUAAUUGGACAGUAGGCCUGUGCCUUAUCUUUUGGUGGAGUGAAAAAUUUGAGCCAGUGAAGCCAAAUUCUUAUAGCAGGCAUCAGGCAGCUAUACCUGGCUCCUUGCUGAUUGCAAAUAGGCAUUUAAAAUGUGAAUUGGAAAUCAGAUGUCUCCAUUACUUCCAGCUAAAGUGGCGCAUCAUAGGUGUUUCCUAAGUUUUAAGUCUUGGAUUAAAAAAAAUACUCCACUAGUGUCUACCAUCUCUACCAUGAACUCUGUUAUAGAAGCUUCAUUUUUGUGUGUUCCCACUCUUUUCUCUCCAUUCCCCUGUCUUCUACACAGUCAUGCCUUCUUGCUGAGUAAUUCAAGAAUAAGAUUUUGAAAUACUUAAUCACAAACUUCAAAGUGAUGAAAUAAAACCAAUUAUUUUCCUAGUCUCUCGGCCAUCAUGAUGUCUUAUAUAGUUAAAAAACAAUUAUAACCAUUUUUAAAAACACCUGAGGAUAAAUUAGAAGAAAUGGUGCACCCUCCACUAAACAUUUGUAGUCAAAAAAUUUGGAACGUUUUCUCAGCAGGAACCAGUUGUAAACAGGAAGGAACUAGGGGCCAAAAUGCGAAACCAAAA